AUGGUCGUGUUAAGGGAACGACCAGCUCCAAGCCAGUCAAGAAUGAGCAGCGAAGAGCUCAACGACGUUAUCAUGGAGGAUCAGGAGCAAAAGGCACUUCCAGAGGUGAGCAAUUCCGAUGGCAAAGAAGGGAACCGAAGAGGAAGUUGGACUGAGUGUGUGAGAGUAGUGCAAGAAGCAAAGCACAGAGCGGUGACAAUACUUAGUAAAGCCAAUGUAGCCAAGGAACUCAAAAUGGGUCUGGAAAAUGAGUGGGUCUUGGUGGUAGACACGGUUCAGACACUUGUGGAGGAAGCAUUGCAGUACCCUGGAAUUCCAGAAGGACCAAUGUUGGGAAUUGCAGGGUUGCUUACUCAAAGAGGAAUAGAGUCGGAGGAAGAGUGGGAGGAGUAUAUAAAAACGGUAGAGAAGGAUGGAAAGCUGAUAAACGAAUCGUGCGAAAUGUUUGACACAGGCGUUUUUCAGCUAAAGCAGACCAUCGAAGCAAAAUGCAGCAGGCCAAUCAAAGAGGACGGUUCCGGUGCAGGAAAUGGUGAACAAAUAAAACAAGAACUUCUAAUUCACACCACCACUGAGGCACCGUGGAACACUUCAUUCCAGGAAGCACAUUGUCCGACUGGUAAGAAGUAUCUGCGCAGCUAUCAGAAGCUUGGAAGGAGCCCGGAAGCGAGUUCAGCGCACGUGGACGCAGAUGGAGAUAGAGAAAUAAAAAUGUCGUCUAUGAUACAGAGAGGUCGUAGUCUGGGAAUGACAACCCAACCCGAAGAAACCGACCUUAUUGGGAGUCAGAUAGUGAUUCCAGUGAAGUUUUUGGGAGAGCAAUGUAAUGCCCUAGUAGAUACGGGAUCGAUGAUCAGUAUAAACCCCAUAGAGAUUGUAGCUCGAGCGCAGGAUCGAGGGUUCGAUGUGGACUCCUUAUCGGUUGUGCCGAAGUCAAAACUGAAGCCGGUGUUCGACGCCUCGAAUAAUGAAAUGAAGCUCAUGAGUGCAGUGUACAUCCAGGUGGAAACAGAAGGCAGGCGAUCCGAGUUGAUAGCAUUCCAUAUAAGUCCUGCAAAAGAAGCAGAAGUAAUUAUAGGAACCAACGCGUUAAAUAAGCUAGGCGUAGAAGUGUCCAUAGACACAAAAAGCAGGGUGAAUAUCAAAGUAGACGAGGAAACUCUAGUGCCUGUUAAGUGUGAAGGUGAUCCCAAAAGCGAGGUAGAAAGGGUAAUAUGGCCCAAGAAACGUGGUGGUGAACUUGAAGAAAAACCAGAACCGGAAUUGCCGUUUUCUGAUCUUUGA